AUGAGGGCCAUCGUCACGUUGAUUGACUUCCUGCCGACCGCUGAUGGACAUGAAGACGUUCAAGAUUUGAUCAAGCACAUGACGAAGUCGUCAGACUGUGUCCAGGUGCGGAUCCUCCACGCCGUGGACACAACCGAGUUUUGGAAGAACCGUUUGAAGACCUACAAGGACGCGAUUCCCAUGCUGAUCGAGAAGGACGACAUUCUGAAAGAUAUGGAUAAGCUGAUGUCCGACAGCCCGUCCGCCCCAGAAGAUCGCAAGGGCCUCGCGCAGAAGUUGCAGUCGCACUGCGAGGCCAUGGUUGACAUGCAGGCCGUCAUUCCACAAGAUUGCCUCAGCAAGGUAUCCACCAAGCUUUCCGACAAGGUGACGGCCCUCGUGAAGGAGCUUCUUGAUGCAGAAGGUGUGCUGACGGACACAACGCUUUUGGACUCACUCCAGAAGCUGCUCGCUGCGUCCGUGAUUGCGUUUCCCAUGUCUGCCGCCAUGGCUGAGUCGCAGUCGCAGGUCGGGUCCCGAGUUGCACAGCUGAACGCGGCCGCCCGCGCCGACAACUUCAAACGUGCGCUGGAGGAGCUGAGCGGGAAGGCAACCGAGAAUGACGAAGACGAGCGGAGGACGGCUGCCAACGCCGCGGUGAAGUUCGCAGGGAGCGUCCAGCGCCACGAGCUGGUCGAUAAGGUCGGGAUGGAUUUGCUUGCGAAGUGCUGCAAGACGCUCCUGGACUGGAUCUCACCCGACGGUUCGGCCCAGAUCGACCCGGUGCUCAUUGAUUGUGGGCCGACGCUGUGCGAUACCAUCCCCGCGCUGGGCGGCCCAGAGAUCCGCCGCCUAUUCGACGCCGUGCGGGCCUCGGCCACCUGCAGCCUCAGCGUGCAGUCGAUCCAAGCGACUGAGGACGGCAGCCACGAGGUCACUGUCGAGCAGCAGAAAGAGACGACGGCAAGGAUGCGCCGUGCCCUCUGCACUCUGAAGGAAACAGAGCACGUCAUGAUGCCAGAGAUCAGCGAUCUCAAGAAGCACUUGUUGGAGGCGACAGUCGGCAAGGUGGUGCAGAUGGCCAGCGCGGCGGUGCACGCCAGGGCCGUGGCGAAGGCCAAGGCCGCCUUGCAAGAGAGCGUCACGGCAGUGCGUGAGGCCCUGAAGAAGACGUACACGCACGGUGCCGACGGCGGCGUGACCGAGUCGUGGAGGCCUGCGAAGGGUGUCCCGUGGUCGGAGCUCGUGACAGUCUACGAGGCGAAGUUGAAGGAUGUGGACCUUGGCAAUGCGCACGACCUCGCAGACGAGCGCAAGAAGAAGCACGAAGACUACAAGACGGCCCUCCAGGACGCUGGCGACGCGAACCCCGACACAGUCGAGAUGAGGCAUGCUAUGAUCUUCCUUCAGGCGCUUGUGGUCGCCAAGACGGAGCAGGCGAUCAUCGAAGCGAUUGCAGGUGAUAUGGAAAAGCCAGUCCUGCGCACGGAGGUCCAGACGGCCACCAAGAAGCUGCGCAGCUACGGCCUCCAGGAGAAGGCGGCGCUCCACUUGGCGAUGUUCAAUCGCGCCUUCCAGGUGAUCACGUCCAACAAGCAGCUGGAGGUGGCGGAGGCCCACACGGCGCGCAUGGCCAGGGAGCUUGCCGACGCCAAGUCGGCACUGCAGGCUCGGGGGGCGGAGCGGGAGGAGCUCAACAAGCAAAUGAUGUCUCAGCAGGCGGCCGCCACUGUGGAGGUCGCCGCUCUGGCGAGGCAGUUCGCCUCGGAGAGGGCGCCUGCUGCUGCGGCCGAGGCUGCCCCCGCGGCGCCAGCCGCAGUGCGGCUGCCGGCCAAGGCCCCCGCUGGCUUCGCGUCCAUCGCGUACGCCGGUAGGCGCGGUCGACGACCUCGCUUCCCUCGCGACGAUUUCGCCGACAACGGCAAGUGGAGCAAGGUCGUCGGCCCUUCCAAACAGAAGGCGCUCCUGCGCAUGGAGCGCGACGCCCUGGCCGGCAGGUGGAUCAGCCUGCUCCUCUUCUUCGCGGCCGUCGCCCGCAUUGGCGACGCCGCUCGCCCUGGCCCGGCCGCCCCGGGAGACAGCGAGGAGUGGGCAUUUGAUGCGGCCGUUGAGCUGCCUGCACAGAUCGGCAUUGAGGAUGCGAAUAUCCGCUCGCGCGGGGCGUGGACCAUCGACACGGCCAAUGCGAAUUGCUGGGAUACGUGCCUCGAUAAGGUCAUCCUUCGGACUUCCGCUGAUGUGCUGUUGGUCCAGGAACACAACAUCCACACCGAACACCGGCUGGAUGCCGCUCGCCUGGCCGCGACGGCUGCGGGCUGGAGGUCGCACAUCGACCAUGCGCACUCCACCGCCUUGGAUCGCGCAUCUGGCGGCGUUGGCGUGCUUUGCCGUCGGCGCGUCGGGCUGCAUCCGCACGUGGAUUUGGUCGCAGACGGCAUGCAACACCGGCUGCAGGCGGCCUGGCUUGGCGCUGUCAUGAGGGGCGGCCUGCACUUUUGCAGCACUUGGCUCUUCCACAGCCAGGGCGUGUCGGAGGCCAACCUGAACGUUCUGGCCGAGGCUGCCGCGCUGCUCGGGGUGCUGUCGGGGCCGUGGGCGGUCGCGGAAUUGAGGCAUCACGCCGGAGAUGCUCACGGCGACUGGCGUUCCGCCAACUGGUUCGACUUCGCCGCAUUGAUGGGGAUCUCCCUCACGGGCCCCUGCCGGAUUCCAUGCCGGACACGCGAGACCCCGGCGAGCCCGUGGAUCGGCAAGCUUGGGGCAGUCGCAGACCUCGGCAUCGAGCGGGGCCACCUCAGCCUCUUCAAUUUUUUCACCAUGGAAUUCGAGCUAGGGACAGGGCGGCUCGUAGGUUUCGAGCUCCACCUACAUAAGGUCGAGAGCCACGCCGAUGACGCCCGCGCCGCAGAGCUAGCCAUCCCUGCCCUGUGGAGAUUCGGCAACGACCAUGCCGAUCAGAUUGCUGAGAUGGCCGCCAUGCGUUGCCAACGCGCCCGUGUCGACACGGAGCGAGCGGCCCAGGUGGAGGCCCAGGCCGCGCUCGUGCGACACCGCCUGGCCGCGGUGAUGGAGCAUUGUGCCGAGGUGGACGUGCUCCAGAGGGUGGGCCUGAUCUGGCGCAUCUGCAAACGCAUUUCGUGGACAGCUGGCGGGCAGAGAUGGGGCGACUUCGUGGACAUGGAUCCGUUCCAGGUGCGGGUCGCUGAUGCGCCCACGCACGCCCAGUGGCACGCCAACUACCAGCAGCAGGUCCUCGCCGCUCCGGCGGAGGACGCGGAACCUUCGGUGGAGCAGCUCACGGCCCUCAGCAACAGGGUCAACGACCGCGGUUGCUCGCCGUACGCUGACUUCGCGCUGUGGGGGCCGUUCGCCCGCUUGGGCGCGCGUGCCGCGAAGUUCCGCGCGUGGUACCCGAUUGGCGACGGCUCUUUCGCGGCCAAAGAGCUCCCCAGCCCGGGGAACCUGCAGCACUGGGAGGCGGCCUGGAAGGUCCUCGCCACGGCCUGCAUCAUGCCCAUGGCUGCGGCCCGCCCGGCGCUCGAGCACAACGCGGAGAAGAUCCCCAAGCUCGUGCAGCUAUGGCCGGAGUGCUGGCAUCUGAUUGCCACGGCGGAUGACCAGAUGCGCGCGGAGCACAUGGUCCGCCUAAAGCGCCGCUACGAGGCCAAACUGGCGGCCGGGCAGACGCCUGCUCCAGACUGGAACAGCGCAGCGCCCUGGUCCACCGUGUACCGCCUGGCGGCCGACGACGAGGCAUUCUGGGAUGCUCACGUGCGGCGCCCGGCUGCUGCGUGGGUGGCGCGCGGCGGUCGCGGCGCCCUGCUCGCGCCCGAGGAGGCGGUGGCCAUGGCCCACCCGCCAGGAGGCCUCGCGGCCAUUGCGCCGCCGACAGAGCAGCGCCCCGCGGCGGGCAAGCGGCGCAAGACCGGCACGCAGCAGCAGCGCCCCCAGCAGUGCGCCAAGUGCGGCGAUGCCUCGCACAAGGCGCCGGACUGCCGGCCCCCGACAGCGCCUUGGUCCGAGUGGGCCAGUGACCAGUGGGGCAAUGCCUUAGCCAGGCGCCCCACCAGCGCCGCCGCGGCAGCCGGGCAGCCGGCCGCGCAACCAGCCCUCGCGGAGGUCGCACGCCCCGCGCCGACGGCCGCGGCCCCGGCCUCCCGGCAGGAGCGCCGUGAGCAGGAGAACCAUCUCUGCGUUGGUGGCCUGCGCUCAACGGCGGCCUCCGUCGCGCGCCUGCCGCGCCUCUGCGCCAUCGGCAAGGAGUUGGCAGCCUUGUACGACGACUGGGUUUCGGAGUACCUGGAGGCUACCACUGUGGCGCGGCGUUUCGGUGACAAGAGUUACACCGGCCCAGACAGGCACCUGGUCGAGGUCUGGAGAUCCCGGCUGCGCGAGCAUCUCGGCGCCCCGCCUGAGAGCCAGGUCGCACACGAGUGGGGGCAGCCCUCGCCGCUGCAAGCGGAGCUGCUGCACGCCUGGCUGCAGGCUGGCGGAGACCCCGAAACCUGCCACCGGGAUUGGUGCCAGGUGGGCGCGCCGCUGGGCGCGGAGGUGCCCAUCCCCACUUGCGGCGUAUUCCCCGCUGUGCCCGCGACCGAGAGCUCUGGCACCUCUGGUAGAUUGGACUUAACCCUGGUGCAAGGUGUGUUCAAGUACCAGUCUAUCUCCGACGACCCUGAAGGCUCGGCGGCGGCGGUGCACCGCUACCUGGAACAGGACUUCGCAGUCUCGCUUCCUGAUCCCGUUGCCCAGCAGAGGUUUCACGGUGGCUCCAUUUCCAGAAUGGCGCUCGUCACCAAGGAGAAGCCAGACGGGAGCGUCAAGCGGCGCAUAAUUGUCGACCUCAAGCGGAGCAGGCCGACGCCGGUCAACAGCCGCGCCCGGGUCCCAGAACGACCGGUGCUGCCGCCGAUCCGCGACCUCAUCCGGGACACUCUGGCGCUCGUCCACGGUGCGGCCAUCGCCCCGCGGGUGAGCGAGCUGGCGCAGAGCGUGGCGAGGCUGACCGGGGCCGGCGGCGUGGAGGCCAGGCUGGCGGACGCGCGCGAGGCCAUCGACGCGCAGAGGGGCCUCGCGCCGCGGGUGGCGGAGCUGGCGCGGAAUCUCGCGAAUGUCGCGUCCUGCGGGCCGCGGGCGGCGGAGCUGCUGCGGCGCUUGGAGGAUCUCCCGGCCGACGGCCCUGCUGCGGGCCCCGCUGGAGCAGGAGGCGAGAUCGCACUGGACGGCGGCGGCGCCGUGCCAGCGCCG